AUGCAAUAAAUAAUUGUAGUACGUAUAAAAAUUGACUAGGAAGAAGUAAGUCUAUAUUUGGAGUAAUCAGUAAAGUGUAAGCCCCUUUUAUACUCAAGAGUAACUUAUAGUUCCUGGAUCUGUGAAUUAAUUCUCACUCUCUAAGUAGCAAAUAGCUUAGAAAAAGGGAAAAGUAGAAUUUAUUUAUUUUUUUUAAAAAAAAGCAUUGAAAUUUGAAAAUGAAUUCUCCCAAUUGUAAUAAUAUUGGUGUACUUCAAGGAGUUUCCUCCAUGAAAAACACCAUUCAAUCCCAGAGUUCAAUAUACUGCAACAAUCUCUCCCCCCCUCGCACAGACGACAGCAUCAAGUCCGACAGCAACGACAGCGACAGCGACAGCGACGACAGCAGCCAGUCAGCAAGCCGCAAAGAUGUCACACCAGAUUUUACUCCAAUUGAUGCAACCAUGUACAAGCUAAUCGUCGAGGGAAAACUCGACGAUAUGUUAAAAUCACAAGUUAGCUUGGAAAAGCUGAAAUGUAAGGAAUACGAAAACUCUGUGCUGCACAUUGCAGCAGGAUCAGAUCAGUCUCAGUUUAUCACCGAACUUCUACCAAAAACCAAAGAUGUUAUUAAGGAAUCAAAUAACAUGGGUGAUCUUGCGUUUCAUACUGCGGCGAAAGCAGCGCAGUUGAAAUCACUCAAAGCACUUAUAAAGUGGGAUAAGUAUGAUCAAGCAGAGAACAUUGAGAAAUCGUUGUUGGGUGAAGGGAAUGAUGAAGGCGAUACGCCGUUGCAUAUUGCGUUAGAGAAUCAUGAUGAAAAAAUGGGUUUGGUUUUGGUUGAUGAAUUUUGUGAAGCUUGUUAUAAGUUGAAUAAGAAGAAUAUUACUCCGCUUUAUUUAGGUAUUAAGUCCGAGUGUUGGGAAAUUGUGAAGAAGAUGAUCAUUUAUACAGAGCAGCAUAAGGAUACUGCCGAACCGAUGUUGCUCAAGGGAAAGUCUGUUGUUCAUGCUGCCAUUGAGGCCAAGAACACAGAUAUUUUGAAGUUGAUACUAGACAAUCACAAUGAACUAAUAAAAUUAGUGGAAGAUGAUGGUCAAUCACCACUAUCUUAUGCAGCAUUUAAAGGUCACAUUGAAGGUGUUCAAUACUUGCUCAACAAAUUCCCUGAAUAUGCGUAUGUAUGUGACAAAGAAGCCUCCUUUCCAAUUCACAAGGCAGCAUGUAGUGGUAAUGUAAAGAUCAUUCAAAAGUUACACAUGACCAAAAACUUGCUCAGUAAAAAAGGGCAAAGUAUUCUUCAUUUGGCUGCUAAAUAUGGAAAGUCCCAACUAGUAUCGUAUCUCAUCAAAAUGACCGAAUUGGCAAGACUCAUUAACCUUAAAGACGAAGAUGGUAAUACUCCUUUGCAUUUGGCUACCAGAGACCUACAUCCGAGGGCGGUCUAUAUUUUGACAAGAGAGAAGAAAUGCAAGACUAAGUUGCAGAACAAGAAAGGGUUAACAGCUCUUGAUAUUUUUGAGGUUCAUGUUGAUUCAUUCCCCACGUUUGAAGCGAGACUUACUUGGAUGGCCUUGAGAUAUGUGGAUGCACCACGAAGCUCACAAUCACUAAGAAAGAGCUGCUACAAGCAACUACAAAGAGUUAGAAAGCAAAAGAACAAAGCAAAUAGCGUGAAGGAGUUGGAUGGUUUCAGAAAAAGAGUUGACACACACAUGCUAGUAGCCACACUAGUGGCUACUGUUACGUUUGCAGCUGGAUUCACCCUUCCGGGAGGUUACAACCAGUCCGACAAUGACCCGAACAUAGGCAUGGCUGUCUUGCCGGACAGAUGGCCGUUCAAGGCAUUUGUAAUAUGCAACACAGCGGCAUUAUACAGUUCCGUUUUAUGUGUGGUAACUCUCAUUUGGGCACACUUAGGUGACCUUAAGCUAAUCCUGGUAUCUCUCAAGUUCGCACUACCCUUGUUGGGUUUCGCAUUGGUGAUGAUGUCCUUGGCUUUCAUGAUGGGUAUAUUCGUCGUGUUGAGGACAGUACCUUGGCUAUCCUACGUGGUUUUAGGCAUGGGAUGUACCUUCUUGUUCGGCGUACUUCUGUUCUUUAUACCACUCUAUAACCCAUCAAGCAUUAAGAAUUCUGUGGUGCGGUUUUUCUUUUCCGGCACCUUUCUAUUGUUGUUGCUAGUGUGUGAAAAAAGCUCUAUUACAUAUGCCUAGGACGUCGGUUUCAUGUAUGAAGCAGCUUUCAUCCAUCAAACCAAGGCGUAAAGCCUUUAGUAGAAAUGCAGAAUGUAUGCAUAUACUGUAAACCGAUCUUUUGUCAACGUAAUAUUGUGAGAUGAUAAGAGACCAGUGUUAUAACUCA